UAUCUCACAUUCUACGUAUUUCAACACCUAUAUAUUGGUCCAUUCUUCAGCCCCGGUUUCAAAUUCUUGUUCUUUGACCCACUUGACAUUUCUCCAAGGGCUAGAUUCUAGUCAUAUGUCUGGUGUUCCUGACCAAAUACGGAACUCGAUCUCAUCUCAACGUUGAUCCUCCAGACCCCCCCCCAUCUACAACCAAUCAAACACCAAACCAAAGACGGAUCGUUAUGAACAUGGAUUCCAAUGUUCCAGACGAAUUCAAGUCGUUCUGGAAUAUAGAAGUCUCGGAUGCCAGUAACAGUGUCGUAUAUGAAGGUCAACAGUCUAAUCAACUUCACUUCGCGCCGUAUAUGGAACGUGACGACUCUGGAUCCAGCCUCAACUCAUACUCAAGCAAUAACACCACCGACACAUUCGGAUCACUUGACAGCAACAGCUCAUUCUCAUCCUACGGGAGCUUCACUUCUCAAACACCUCCGCAUGCGACGUCUGGCGGUUACACUCUUCAUCAGGGUUAUUCUCCCGUCGGCUCAGUCACUGGUUCAGCACAGCUGUAUAAAUAUCCACUCCCCUCUUUCGAAGAUCAAGUCAUGUCUAAACCAUUGUUCGAUAUCGAGAGAGACGGCGAUCCAAAUAUUUCUUGGUGGAUGUACUAUGACUUCCACGUCGACAAAGUCGGAGCAUAUCACACUCUUCAGCCAGGGUAUCUAGAAUCCGAGAAUUUCCCUGCGAGGCGCUUCUCAGAUAAAGUAUACGACGAAAAAGGACAGCUAGUCCACAAAUGCUACGUCCCCAAAUGCACUUCCAAGCCCGUCAAGCGCCCCUUCGACCUCGAGCGCCACUUCACCACCGUGCACGGCAAAGGCAACGCCGAGCGCCACUUCUGCGACUACUCAAAGUGCAAGCACAAAGAAGCCUUUGAUCGUAAAGACCACUGCCGCGAGCACUACCGGGAGUACCACCGCGAAGACCUCGUGAAAAAAACGCAUCGGGAUGUCGCGCUGUGGCUCGAGGAUAGGAAUGUCGUGGCGGGCUGGUGGCGAUGCUCGAAGUGCUUGAAGAGGAAUCAGACGGAGAGCGGGUGGAAGUGUGGUGGCGGGUGCAAUAAGAUGUGUGAGAGAUCGAGGAUUACAGCGAGGAAUUCGAAAAUGCAGGCUGUGGAAUCGAGAGAGGAGCAGCCGGCUGCUGCGGGGGCUUCUCAACCGUUUGUGCAGGGUUGUGGGAAUUGUGAGUCUGGCUGGUUUCCUGACGAGGCGAAUCCGCAUAACUGGGUGGCUUGUCUUGUCUGUAAACCAGAGGCUUCGGAAGAGAUGGUUACAUGGUGAGACGGUGGGGAGUGUCUUUUCUGUUGCUCGUUGUUUAUAGUUGGAUGGCUUGCUGGGGGCUUUCGUCGGGCACGAUGAUCUCGAGGUUACGAUGUACUCAUACUGUGUGUUUAUGAAGGGAUGGCAUUGAUAUAGAUGAGGUUCGGGAGUUAGAGGAGGGUUCCAUUAUUUUGUCUGGAAGGAGUUGCCUGAUCUUUCGUUGGAUUGUCGAUGGCUGUAAUGAGUGGUGCCGACAGAUAUGCGGAGAGGCUACUAGGUCUUGAUGGGAUGUCACCGCAGGGGGUUUGUAGUGUUAGGAGAGCGAACGUUGACACAAGCAAAAGCAGCGAAUGU